AUGAUCAAAUAAUUAAAUUAAGAGUCUAUUUUACACAUAUCAACAUCUUCAACUUUGUAAAGUUUAGCAAGUUUUGUAAAAGAAUUAAUUGAGAAUUCGAUAGAUGCUCAUGCUACUUAAAUAGUAGUGAAUUUUUUGAAUAAUGGUAAAGGAGGUUUUGAAGUAAUUGACAAUGGUAAUGGAAUUUCAACUUUGAAUUAGAAAUAACUAGCUACUCGAGGUGGCACUAGUAAGAUUGAAAAUUUUGAAGAUUUGGAAGUAAUAUAUAUUUGAAUAAUUUAGUUCGUACAUACUCAUGGAUUUAGAGGUGAAGCUUUAAAUUCAAUAGCAACACUAUCAAAUGUGACAAUAAUUUCUAAACAUAAAGAUGAAGAAUUAGGAUGGAAAUGGGAAAUACCAAAAGAGCCAACUAAAAUUGCAAGAUAAACUGGAACAUCAAUUAGAGUUGAAAAUAUAUUUUAUACACUUCCUGUUCGAGCAUAAGAAUUUAAAAAGAAUUAUAAAGUCGAAUACAAUAAAGCUAUUAAUAUAUUGACUGAAUAUACUAUCAUCAAUACAAAUAUAGAAUUUAAAAUUUAUAAUGAAGAAGAAGUAUAAUUUGAAUAAAUAAUUUAAAGAAAAAUAAGAAGAAGCUCAUUUUAGAUAGUGGAUAGGCAAAUGAAAAUAUAAAAUAAAGAAUUAUAAAUGUUUUAGGAGAUUCUAUAGCCAAUGAUUUAAUACCUUUUGAGAAGAUUUAAUAAGAUUAUACAUUAAAUGGCUUCUUAAGUAAAAGUAUUGAAAGCGGAAGUUAUAAAGGUCAAACCAGAAAAACCUUUUGGUAUUGUUAUAUUAAUAAAAAACCCAUUAACCCUCCUAAAUAAAUUUUAUAAGUUAUGAGAGAUAUCUACAGGUAACAUAAUCCAAAUGGAAAUUUUUUUUUUAUAUUAGAAAUUAAUUUAAAGCAGAUAAAUGAUGCGGAUUUUAAUGUCAGUGUUGAUAAAAGAGAUGUAUAUUUGAAAAAUGAAAAAUUAAUUAUUGAAAACAUUGAAUAAAUUGUCAAUGAAACUUUAGAAAAAAAUAAAGAAAAACUUAAGUAUAUAGGAAGAGAUGGAAAUUUAGACUAAUUUAUUGUUGCAACAGCAAAAUAAUAAACAGAAAAACCAUUAUCAUAAUAAAAUAUAGUAUAAAAUGAAAAAAGAAAAGAUUCUACACCUUUACAAACUAAAGAAGUAUAAAAAAGAAAUAGCACUUUUUUGUCUCAACUAAAGAAUUUAAACUCUUCUAAGAAUUUUGCAACAUAAUUAAAUGUAUAAAAUUAAUCUUAGAAUUCAUAACAAUUUUAAGAUAUAUAAUAUAAAUAGGGAUAAUAAUAACAAUAAUAAACAUAAUAAGAAUAUUAAAGGUAAACAACUACCUAAUAGGAUGAUUAAAAAUUAUAAUCAAUAAUAAAUGAAGAAGUUUAAUAAAAUCAAGAUAAAGACUUAUUUGAAGCUGAUGAAUUUGAAUAACUAUCAAAAUAAAACCAUUUUAUUAAGGAAGAUUUUAAUAACUUAAAAAUUAUUGGUUAAUUUAAUAAAGGAUUUAUUAUUUGUGAACAGUAACAAAAAAUAUAUGUUCUUGAUCAACAUGCUUGUGAUGAAAAAUAUAAUUAUGAAAGAUUAAUAAAUUAAUUAAAAUUUAAUAGAGCACAAUUAAUUGUACCAAUAAUAUUAAAAUUAUCAGGAUUUCAAUUAGAAUUCUUAUUAGAUAAUUAAUAAUAGAUAAAUGAUAAAUUUAAAUAUUAGGUCGAAAUAACAGAAAAUUGUGUUAAAUUGAAAACCUGUCCAAGUUAUAGUAAUAUUUAAUUAGGGGGUGAUGCUUUCCUUUAAAUUUUAGAUUAGUUGAGUUAAGGUAAAAAAAUUGAUCAAAUUGAAAUACCAUAAAUAAAACAAAAAUUAGCUUCUUAAGCUUGCAGAACAUCAAUAAUGGUAGGUUAAGAUUUAUAACCAAAAGAGAUGGAAAAUGUAGUAAAGAAUUUAACAACAUUAAUUUCACCAUGGAAUUGUCCACAUGGAAGGCCGACAUUAAUUUAAGUUUAACAACCAAAAUAAACUAAAUUUUCUAAGGGAUAUAGCUAUGAAAUGUUGUUUUGA